GUGGCGGGCCAGGCCGCCAGACAGCCGCAGGUGGGGCCUGGAGCGGUGGCCGGGGCGACACAGCCCCGCAGCCCCGCGCGGGAGCCACGAUGCCCCGCGGGGACUCGGAGCAGGUGCGCUACUGCGCGCGCUUCUCCUAUCUUUGGCUCAAGUUCUCUCUCAUCGUCUACUCCACUGUGUUCUGGCCCCUCACCACCUACUCUUUUGUGCAGCUGAUUGGGGGCCUGGUCCUGUCGGUGGGGAUCUAUGCAGAGGUCGAGCGGCAGAAAUACAAAACCCUGGAGAGCGCCUUCCUGGCCCCAGCCAUCAUCCUCAUCCUCCUGGGAGUGGUCAUGUUCAUCGUCUCCUUCAUCGGGGUGCUGGCUUCCCUCCGGGACAACCUGUGCCUCCUCCAGUCGUUUAUGUAUAUCCUGGGGAUCUGCCUCAUCAUGGAGCUUAUCGGUGGCAUAGUGGCAUUGAUCUUCCGGAACCAGACCAUUGACUUUCUGAAUGACAACAUUCGGAGAGGAAUUGAGAACUACUAUGAUGACCUGGACUUCAAGAACAUCAUGGACUUUGUUCAAAAGAAGUUCAAGUGCUGCGGCGGGGAGGACUACAGAGACUGGAGUAAAAACCAGUACCACGACUGCAGUGCCCCUGGGCCGCUGGCCUGUGGGGUGCCCUACACCUGCUGCAUAAGGAACACGACAGAUGUUGUCAACACCAUGUGCGGCUACAAAACAAUCGACAAGGAGCGCCUGAGUGCACAGAACAUCAUUCAUGUUCGGGGCUGCACCAAUGCCGUGUUGAUAUGGUUCAUGGACAACUACACCAUCAUGGCGGGUCUCCUACUGGGCAUCCUGCUUCCUCAGUUUCUCGGUGUGCUGCUGACACUCCUGUACAUCACGCGUGUGGAGGAUAUUAUCUUGGAGCACUCGGUCACUGAUGGAUUGCUGGGGCCUGGUGCCAAGUCCAGCAUGGACCCAGCAGUCACUGGGUGCUGUCUGUGCUAUCCCAGUUAGGCCCUGGCCUGGCACAGCAGCCCCAGCAGGACUGAACUGCACAUCGCCUCCCAGUCUACACCAGCUGGACAGGACCAGCUGCAGCAACUCUGUCCGAUCGCGGCACCGACCAAAGCCCAGGGUGUAGGUGCCUGUGUGCAGUGUCUGAUGGCCACUCCUCCCAGGGGAAGGCUGGGAGCCCCGAGGGUCCCCCCGGGAUUGGGGGAACAGGGAUGACCCAGGGGAAGAAGCUCAGGGCUUACUAUGGGCCCGUUUUAUUUCUGGCAGUGCCUUGGCCGGUGGUCAUUAUGCCCCUUCAAGGGCAGUUUUGCAGUGAUUUUUAAGGAGAGAAGAGAGUGAGUCUGUUCCAUGGGCAGGAGGUGCUGGGUGCAGCCCUGGCAACACUUCUCCAGAUGCGAGAUUGGACCAUGUCUCAAAUUCCCAGGUGCCUUGAGUCCUCGGUCAGGCUCCUGCUGUGCCCACCCGUUUUCUACAUGGUUUUUAUAACAUUCAUGUUUUGUAUACAAAUAACAAGAGUUUCUGGCUACUCAAAAUAGCCACCCCGACCCUUCUGUUCAUCCCUCCAAGUCAGUUCAAUAAUCAAACAAUAAAGAUGUGAUUUUGGGGGCGGUC